UAAUGCUGGUGUGUAUAUAAAACUUCUUGGGGAUUCAUUUCAUUUGGGUCUGUCAUGGUCUAAUACUACAAUAUUGGUGCUUGCAGAUUCUACCAAACUAGCUACCCUGUAAUUUUGUUUUCUGUUCUAAACUGUAUUUGGAUUGCCCAGUAUAUGAACUCUUCGUCGACUCAACUAGUCCUCGCGAAAAGGAUGGGUAUAUAUGAUCCAUUCCAUCAAGUGAACAUGUGGGGGGACAGCUUCAAAAUUGAUGGAAGCUUGAAUUCAGUUGCUACACCAAUGUUCAUGAUGAAGCCAAGCAUGCAAAACGAUCCUGAAUGUACUCCUCAUGAAUCAAGGGAACCUUCUGGAGAUGAUCAAGAGAAUAAUGAGAAAACUGAUAGUAAGGUGCUAAGACGUCAAGCACAAAAUCGUGAGGCUGCACGAAAAUGUCGGCUGCGGAAGAAGGCUUAUGUUCAACAAUUAGAAACAAGCCGUGUGAAGCUCAUGCAAUUGGAAUUGGAGAUUGAGAAAGCAAAAAAGCAGGGUAUGUACAUAAGCAGUACACCAGAUGUUAGUUAUAUGGGAUCAUCCGGAACAAUUAACCCAGGGAUAACCUUGUUUGAACUUGAAUAUGGACAAUGGAUUGAAGAGCUCGAUAGACAAAAUGAAGAACUGAGAAAUGCAUUACACACUCGUGACUCUGAUAUGCAGCUUCAUCUACUUGUUGAGAGUUGCUUGAGCCACUACUCAAAUCUUUUCAGGAUGAAAGCAGAGGCAGCAAAAGCAGAUGUCUUUUAUAUGAUCUGUGGCGCAUGGAAAGCAUCAGUGGAACGCCUUUAUCUUUGGAUUGGAGGAUCCCGUCCAUCACAGCUUCUAAAUAUUAUUGUACCACAGCUUGAGCCUUUGACUGAUCAACAAAUUGUGAGUAUUAACAAGCUCCGGCUUUCAUCUCAGCAAGCUGAAGAUGCCCUUUCACUUGGAUUGGACAAACUCCAGCAGAGUCUAGUCCACAACAUUCCAUCAGAUCCCUUAGCUAUAGGACACUACGGCUUUGAGAUGGCUGCUGCAAUGGACAAGGGUGAAGCACUAGAAGGUUUUGUAAACCAGGCAGACCACCUUAGGCAGCAAACUCUGCUCUACAUGUCAAGGAUUCUGACACCUGGGCAAACUGCUCAAGGCUUGGUGGCUAUGGGGGAAUACUUCCAUCGUCUUCGAACUCUUAGUUCUUUAUGGACUGCUCAUUCAUGUGAUCGUUCCUUUCCUACUUACCUCUCAAACUAAGACCUUUUUCUUUGAACAUCAACUCUUAUGUCAGGUGCUCACAUCAUUGUCUUGUUUAAUAUGUUAUGUAUAUGUUAAUGCUAGUUUCUAUUGUUGCCUUUACCCAUCAUGAGUGAACCAAAGUUUAUAUCAUCUAGACAACAACUGAA